AUGGGCGGCACUAGCGCGCCUACUCUGCUGCAACGGAUGAUCUCGUUGGCACCCAACAACUCCUCCGAUCUGCUGUUUGCUUUCUUUGGUGGCACAGACGGUCAGACUGUCACCAGUGAUCGGGAUCUCUUUGGUCAAAUGUUCCCAGCCCAUUAUGGCGUUCCAGAAAUGGUCGGUCUACUACACGCCAUGGGAAAGGAGCAGCUCGAGCAGCACCUCGAUUCUGCAAAGUUCGAGCGCUGCAUUACUGCGGAUUCACUCCCGCCUCCCCAAGAGGUGGCAUUGAUCUUUGCGAUCCUUGCGCUGGGUGAUCUGGUCGGUCCAGACGAAUCUUCGUGGCAGUUCAUCAGUGCAUCGCUGCACUUGCUCCGAAUCUCGAAGUUCUUGACGAUGCCGUCACUCGACACUGUGGCCACGUUCUCCUAUAUUGCUGUGUAUCUGCAGCAUGAGGGCCGUCUGAACGAGUACUGGCCACUUAUGGGCAUGGUAAUCCGAAUAGCGCAAUCUAUGGGGUUACAUCGAGAUCCGCGAUGGAUCAGCAACCUCUCAAGGGAAGAGGCGGAGGUUCGGCGUCGCAUCUUCCACACCAUCGCAGCUCAGGAGACGGCUUUGUCGAUCAUGUUCGGGCGCCCAACAGGGCUCGGCUACUUUGACACUGACCUGCCGGAAGACAUCAGCGACGAUCAUCUGUUCGGAGGCGAUGUCAAUCAUUCUGUUGCGUAUCCUCAUGAGAUUUCCUACAACCGCUGUACAUUUCAGCUGAUGGAGAUCAUUCGAACCGUGGUUCAAGAUUCUACUAGCGAUAUUCACAAGUUCGACUUGGCUAGAGCCAGAUCGGGACAGAAACGAAUUCUGGACUGGUUUGAAACGCUACCUGCACUCCUGCAGCAUGACGGAUCUGUGAUGCACGCUCAUGGGCUGGUCGGGGUUGAGGAGAGAGCUCGAUGCGUUCAAUCACUCGUGCUACACAUGAUUGUGAAUCACAGCAUCCUCGUUAUCUUUCGCAAGCCGCUAUUGGAGACGUCUUCGCCCGAGGCUGCCGAACCGUGCUUUCGGGCUGCCAUUGCGAUCUCUGCGAGCUGGAAAGUGUUGCAAGACUCGUUCCCAAAAAUGGCAAGCAUUACGUUUAUGCAUUGGUUUCGGGCCUUUCACGCUGCACUCAUCUGUCUUGUUGCGAUCAGAGCGCCAAAUACCACUCCGACUAUCAGAGACGAGGCUACGAGCGCAUGGCACUCUUGCAAAAGAAUCUUCUUGAGACUCGGCCAGCAGAACGAAAGCAUGAAAUGCUGCUCGCGAGCACUGCAGCGCCUCGACCCACUCCUCAAGACUGGCGUCAGCACACGACGCCGGAAAUCGACUGCAUCGACUCAGAAGGUAGCCGUCGAUUCUUCAUCACAGCUUAGGGUCGGAAGAGCACCUGAUCCUAACGCUGGAAUGAACUCAGACGCCGGCGGCACAUAUUCUGCGCUAGCACCAGCCGAUUUUGAAGCUGUUGCUGGCCUCAGCGCAGAGAUCCUCGAUACUCAGAUUCCAGUAUUUGAUCAGCAGAGCACUCCUAGCACGCAAAAUGGCAUGGACUACGGACAAGUGUUUCAAUCAGUCAUAACAGAGCCGACCUUAGCCAAUACUGGACUGGCGCCCGAUGAGCACCUUUACGGUGUUAUGCACGCCGACAUCUUUGAUAUGGACGCCAACAACUGGCCAUCGUGGCUCAUCAAUGAUCAGGACUCAACAGAAUUCUUCAACAUAUGA